AUGAAGCCUCCCUCUUUUUCUGAAGGGCCUGACCCAAUUAAAGCUGAGAAUUGGGUUCAGGAUGUUGAGGAGAUUCUAGCAAUGCUGGCGUGUACAGAUAAGCAAAAAGUGGCAUUUUCAUCAUUUAAACUAACAGGAGAAGCAAAGCGCUGGUGGAGAUUAGCACGGUUGAUUAAGGAGCAGAGGUUGGAUCCAGUGUCGGUAUCAUGGAGUCAGUUCAAGGAAUUAUUCUUCGAGCGAUACUUCCCUGUUAUCGUUCGGAGCGCAAAGGCAGCAGAAUUUCUGCAUUUGGCUCAGGGGCAAAUGACGGUAUGUCAGUAUGUUGCACGAUUUAUCGAGUUGUCACAUUUCGCCCCACACCUGGCACCAGAUGAAGAAAAUAAAGUAAGGAAGUUUGAAGGACGUCCAAGGCAGAAUUUAUUUGAGCAAGUCAUAAGUUUCCGGGCUCAGACGUUCGCGGAGGUGGUGGAUAAAGCUGCUAUUAUUAAGAGUGGUAUACAGAGGGGUGCUGCAGCUCAGAGUCAAAGAAAGAGGGUGGAUGAGCUGUUCCUACUUGUCCUAGGUUUGGCUGUAGACAUCCGGGUGAAUGUCAGAUGGGUGAGGAUGUCUGCUACAGAUGCGGGAGACCCGGGCACAGAUCUUGGUUGUGUCAGGGAUUGCCAACUCAGGCACCAGCUCCCAGACCAUUCCGGGUUGGUUAUCAGGUGCCCCAUUGAGGACAACAGAGAAAUACUAUACCAGCGAGAGUGUGCCACCUACUCUUUUAUUUCAUCGGUAUAUGCAAAAUUAAUGAGGUAUGAGGCACAGUUGUUGGAUGUUGGGUUAGCUAUUGCUACGCCGACUGGAUCAGUGGUGAAAUGUAGGAGGGUACUCAAGGGCUUCCCAGUAACUAUUCAGGGAAAGAUAUUACUAGCGGAUUUGGUAAUAUUAGAUAUGCAGGGAUUUGAAAUAAUUCUGGGUAUGAAUUGA